GAUGCUAACCCAGGUUGCUACAGAUCUGUAUUGGCUCUCUAUAUUGCUGUUAUUUUAAGUUGUAUGCAUUCUGAUUUGGUAUGAAGAAUGAAGUUAAGGCUCAAUGGAAGACUGCUUAUCGUUUUGCUUCCUUUCAAAUGAAUUUUGAUAGCUGCAGAUCUAAGUUGCUAGUAAUUCCACACCGCUUUUCAUUGACUUUUUAGACACUAAGAAAUUAUUGAUCAAUUUUAUUCUGACGGUACUGAACUGUUUUUCAUUUGCCGACAAGUAUAGUCUUCAAAAGGAUAUCACCUGCCUUGAGAUAACGAGACGAUAACGGGGUGGUUGAACCCUAUUUUGGUCAAUAUUUGUAACAAACAAAAAAUCUUCAUAUAGGGACAAAAAUACGCUGUUAUAAUGCGAUAAGAAUAUUUUUAACUUGUCCUACAAUAUUUACAAGUAAUUGAAGUAUUUGGGAAUUGAAGUUCGAAUUUUUGCAAGUAUUUUGGAAUUGAAGUUCGAAUUUUUGCAAGUAUUUGGGAAUUGAAGUUCGAUAAUCAUUGGUUUACAAAUAAUUGAAGUAUUUGGGAAUUAAUAAUAAUAAUAAUAAUAAUAAUAAGACCAGGUAAACUUGUAAUAAUAACAAUAAGAUAAUAAGGUAAACUUGUUCAGCAAAAAUAAGUUUGCUGCUAUCAAUCAAGGAACUGUGAAACUAAUGUACCUACGAUAUAAAUGUUACAACAAUAUAGUUUAAAAAGUUUUUAGAAUAAUUAAAUCUAGAGAAAAAGUUAAAAAUCAAAGUCGAUAUCCUUGCAGCAACUCUUGAACUUCAGUAUAGAUGUUUCACUUUGUAGUUUGCUGGGGACUUUAUUAAAAGUUUUUAUAAAGUUAUUAAAAAUUGAAGUUCGAAGUAUUUACAAGUAUUUGGGAAUUGAAGUUCGAUAAUCAUUGGUUUUCUGUUUUGCUUCCCAGAAAGCUCCUCGUUACUUUUUGACAUUUUGAUCGAAUUGCUUGCUUCAGUAGUGAUUGUAGACUAUCACCGUAUGUUCAGGGGCACACGGAUAACACUCUAGGAAGAAGUUAAUCCCUUGGAAGUCCCGACGACAGAAUAGGAUGGCAGUGCACUUUUUGCAGCAUAUAUUGCUGUCGCAAGCAGAAUGCCGAAUGGUUUAAAGGACAGCCAGCCUAGUCUGCAGCACAAUACAAUUUGAGAGCGAUGAUGAGGUAUAUGUGACUGCGCUUUUUGGUUGUUGCCAUCCCGGUUCUUGCACGAAGAAGAUUUAAAGGGCGUCACUUAGAGCAACUACAAGUCUUUUUGAAGGUCAAAUCUUUUUUAACAGUGGAUCAUUUUAUUUCAGGGUUACCAAUGACACUCAAAAUUUAUGCGCAGAGCAAACUUAUACUGUUCUAGACGGAACUCGUUCAUUGGUAGAAUACUGAAAAUAAAGAAGAACGAACUGAAGCAUUUUUCAUUUUUGCUUUUUUUGCAAAAUUUACAACGUGUGCUGAAUGUUUGCAGUAACUUAAUUAGCGAAGCAGUACAUUGGCUGCAAUGCAUCGUGUGGUAUGUGAAUUUAUUCCGGCUUUGCUUUUAAAAAUGUUAUUCUGGCCUUCCUCUGUCUCUGAAGAAGGAGGGACGCGAUACAACUAUUUUUCAAAAUGUUGAAAAAAUAUUAUCAAGAUAAAAUAGUUCCUUAUUUUAUCUUUAUAUUAUGCAUUUACUAAGGGAUCUUCUUUCGUGAAAAGCAAAAUAACUCUCCAUAAUACGAUUUUUAUCAGGCUUUUUUUGAUUUUGAAAGCAUAUCUUAUACAGUGAAAAAAUUGUACCUAGAUUAUUAUCGGUAAUAUCAUUACCGAGUGGAUAGUUUUUUUAGGACAUGAAAUGAUUGUUCUUAGGAAACUUAUAACGUUUAAAAGCUCAUAUUUAUUUAUCAUCCAGCCCUUCAUUGAAAAUCACAAACUUUAGAAAAUGUUGGAAUGAACUGGAGCAACUGAAGAAAGACGUACUCCAAAUGAAUUUCGGUGCAACCUAAAAACACCUACUUUGCCGCCAUCUCAUUGCUUUUGAUAUAAUAAAGUGUCUUAAAACCGAACAUUUUCAGCUUUUUUUCAUGGACAAUUUAGUUCAUUUGAGUCCCAGUGGGUUGAUUUUGCAGAUUUAAUGAAGAUACGAUAGAGCUGCAGCUGCCAAAAAGCUUGUUAUUGAACCAAAUAUGAUAUCUCGCUGUUUUUAUUUCCUGCUGCUACAAUAUGGUAAUAAAUCGAAAUAUUUUUUGUUUUUAUUCGUGGUUUUAUCCCGUAAUAACAAAAAUUUCUGCCUUUGAAGUUUCCGAACCCCUUGCAAAAUCGGUCCUAGGCGACUUUUAGGACAGACCUGCAGGGAUCACCACAGGUGAAGAUUUUCAAAUGCUAAUAUUUUCUUUAAAGGGUAGCUAGCAAUGAUAGCUGGCAAACGAAACCAAAAAUUUUAGAAAAUCUAUUUAAUUUAGGAAGGUAACAUGUAUUUUGUCAGCUUACCGUAUGCAUUUAGAAGGUUUUAAGCCAUAAUUUUUGUUUGUACACGGGUUUAGAGAUUUUUAAAAUAUUUUUUUACCGUGGCGUUGAUAAGGGCACUCUGGUUUAGAGAAUAUUCAUAUUUCUAGGAAAAUUAUUUUUGGGCUUAUUUACAAAAAUGUCGCGCUUAUACAAAAAUCUUGUGUUAAUUUUUUGUCGUAACAUUAAGAAACAGUGGUAAAAGAGGUCAUCUUCAAUCCUGAUUCAGCCAUGCCCCCUUCCUACAAUAUCCUGAUGUCCGUAAAUAAAAGUCUGAUUUGCUGAUGAAUGUUAGAGGGAAGGUCUUGUCAUAGGUAAAACUUAAAAUGGAUAUUUAUCAUAAAAUUCUUCACUCCUUACAUUGAAAUUUUUACCAGAAGUCAUAUGCAGGGGGUUGCCGAAGUAGGGGAGUGUUCAUUUAACAAGUUGUCAUAAUGAUAUAAGACUAAGAGUACUUGCUUACAUCUACCCUUCAACUUAUAAAAUACAAAAUAAACCCAUUUUUGAAAUUAUAUUUGGUUUUUUGCAAAUAAACACGAAAACAGUCUACCUGAAAAGGUCAACAUUGCCUAGACCAGAGUGGACCGUGCGAGCGCCGCAGCAAUAAAUAUUUUAAAAAUCUUGAAACCCUAUGUAACAACACAAUUUAUGGCUUAAAACUUUUGAAAUUAAUACGGCAAGCAAGCAAAGUAUAACUAAUCUUUCAAAAUUAUGCUAUUUUCGAUAAUCUUGGUUUUUCUUCGUCAAACUUGCAAUGUCCCAUACUGAGCUGUUAUGCGGAAUCGUCUUUUUGCCCUUUUACCGCUUGAGUGAUUUUGCCUCACCAGCUCAAUGGGCAAUUAUGCCCAGUUAGACAUCUAGCGCCUUUGGCGCUUCUAUAUCAUUGGUAGCUAGUAAUUUAUCCAAUACUGAAGAUGGAUGUUGUUUCGCAGUCGAUUCACAACCUGAAUUUAUUAAACGACUGGUUCCUUGAUAACAAGAAAGACUGGUUUGUGUGAACCCUUCAGCGCGUUUAGACAAUGUGUUUAACUGGGCUGGUAUGCUCCUGAAGCAAAAUCACUGCGAAAGCAACAAGAUCUUUGAAUUAUUAGUAAUCAUUUAACUGAUGUUUGUGACGGUUACCAUUCAGGCGUAUGGAAAUCCAUAGGUAUUAGGCAGCAAAGAUAUAAAUUGCUUUUUGUACUGUAAUUAUGGGAGAGCAUAGGCCCCUCAUAGAAGAAGAUAAAGAUUAUAUAAUUGAUGAUAAUAUUGGCGAUGAGGAUGCAAUCGAAGGCGUAAACGAAAACGGCAGGAAUCUUUCAGAUUACGAAACGUUUUUCAAUGUGAGCAACGGGAUAAUGGGAACUGGAUUGCUAGCGAUGGGAUUCGUAUUUCGAUGUGCCGGAAUUUGGGCGCUCAUUAUUGUCCCCGUGAUUGCAGUAGCAGGAAACUAUACUGGAAAGCUCCUUAUCACAUUGCUGUACACACGGGACAAGCACGGCAAAAUGAUUCGAACGCGAGCUGGAUAUGUAGACAUUGGGGAAAGUUUUUGUCCCUAUUUUGGAAGAGUCUUUGUAAAUAUUGUGAAUUUUAUUGAAAAUUUUGCCCAUGCCAUUUUGAUAUUGCUAAUGGCAGGUGGAGUAAUGAACGAAAUUGUUCCUGUAAUAACAGACGAUGUCUGGUCAGUCCUUUGUGCUAUGCCGCUCUUGAGUAUAGUUUUUCUAGACAGCAUAAAAUCGCUUUCGAGAAUUGCGAUGGCAACUGUCUUUACUGGAGCUGCACUUGUGAUUAUAGCUGCUGCGUAUAGUUUGACAUUUUCAGCAAACUGGGGCAGAACAUUCAAAUCGGCAGUUUCGCUCAGCUUAAAAAACAGCUCGCUUGCUAUUGGAAUAACUGUAGUAACAUAUGCUUGUCAGCCGUACCUCCCUUUUAUAGAAAAAGACAUGCUGAACAGGAAGCACUUCAACAAAGUUAUGAACCUGUCAUACACGUUGGUGACUAUCUUGAAACUAUUUACAGGAUUUUUUGUUUACAUGGCCUAUGAAAACUUGACUCAUCCACUUAUGACCCUUGAUCUACCAAAUGGGCCCUUACGGACAAUUUCCUCCCUUUUCUUGCUUGUUGUCGCAUUGACCUUCUUCUUUUUCCCAAUGUUUACUGUCUUCAACAUCGUUGACGAAAACUGGCCGAAAGACAAAUGGGAUAGGACAACGCUGAGGUACUUCGUUCGAACAGUUAUCCUGGUGUUGGCUUUGAUAAUUGCUGUCGUGACACCCCAUUUUGGGCUCGGUAUUGCUUUGGUUGGAAAUUUCACCGCAAAUAUAUUAGUUUUUAUUGUACCUUGUGCUUGCCACUUGAAGUUUAACUAUCCAAACUUGUCUUUUAAAGAAAUGUUAGCAGAUGUUAUAAUUCUUGUGGCAGCAACGAUAUUCGGUUGCAUUGGUAUAGUGUUCUCUGUAUUAGAAUUGAUUGUAUCGUCCAACGAUGAAGAUCUUAACCCAACAGAGCCUUUAGAACAUUUAUGAUGAGCAACAGUGAAGUCUCUACCUCACUUAGACUAGAUUAGAAGUUCUUAUUUACUUAGCUCAAACGUUAUAAAGGUCGCUAUAAACUUAACCCUACCCUAUUUUUAACAACAGUACUCUCCGUCGAAUGUUUUCAAAGGAUCUUUCGACUUGGAUGGCUAUUCUCAAAAGAAUUUCAAGUAUAAAACGCUUGGUCGUGGAAAGAACGAUUUACCAUCUUGUGACCAAGACCCCGUUUACACUGUGCCGGAUAAAUUUUAUCCACAUCAAAAUUAGUUCAGAUAGGCGUCGCGUUUACACUAUCCGCACCGCACCCACGCUAUCCGCACGAAUUUGAGAGCGGCAAUCCGAACAAAAUUAGUUCACCUAGGAAAGUGGAUUAAACUAGUUCGGAUAGUUGUGGUAAAGUGUAGACGCUUUUAUCCAGAUAAAUUAUAUCCACAUCGUAUCUUGCUCGAAAGCGAUUGGUUAUUUCAUCCAGUUUAGUUUUCACUGUCUCCCAAUCAAGACCUUUCGUCAUCUUCGCUCUCGUUGUCGAUAAACACUCAUGUUAAAAGUGCAGUAUCUUGCCAGUCCAAGAAAAAUUGACAUCCUUUUCAGCUUUCCCUACUUUCGUUGCUAGUUCGGUGUCAUUUUGUUUCAAGAGCAAACUAUUAAAACAAACUAGGCCUAAUUUGUGUUGACAAUAUCUUUGGAUUUGGUCUAAAAGAGAAGCAGAUGAUUCUGAAGAGAGAACGAAGUCUUUUUACGUUGGCGGGAAUUUUGUUAUUAUUCUGUUGCCCAGAGAAGACUUCAUUUUGGGCGCUCUGUGCAUGAUUUAGGCCACGUGACUGCAGCUAUCCGGCACAGUGUAAAUGGGAGGGCAAAAUGGACAAAAUUUGUGCGGCACAGUGUAAACGCAAAUCAAUCCGAACAGGUUUUAUGCGGAUAAAUUUGGCCCGGCACAGUGUAAACUAGGUCUAAAUGAGCCAUGUAGAAAAGUAAUAUAAAUAUAGUGUAUAUAUGUUUAUAUACUGUUCAAUGAAUAUCUUAAGAAACAAAAAAAAUGAAUUACUACAUUGGAAUAACUGGGGACAAUGUCAUAUUAUUGUAAAACUGUCAUUAGAUUUUCGAUGUCCUAGUCCUAUUUACUUAGACUUAUUCAUUAUGUAAAUAAAGGGCCCAUAAAAUAAAGUAGUAGACUUGAAAGACGAGUUCUUUUAACGAAUCAAUAAUAAAUUGAUGGAAAUGAUAAUGAUGUUGUUUUUUUCCAAGAUGUACUUAUAUAAUGUAGAUGAGGAUAAUGUAGAUCAAAGUCUUUUUCAUUUUGUAAAGAAAAGGAGUUAUCUGAGAGAAUAUUCCAGAGCGGUGUACGUAAAUGAAUUGCAUCGACUUUACACAACAUUUUACUCAUUAUAGACAAUUUUAGCAUAGACGAUCUAUGUACAUAACAAAUAGAGAUCUUCAUUUGUUCUACAGUCUUAACUUUAGAAAGAUAGAAGGCAAUAUGAAUGUUCAAAUGUUUCCUUAACACUAUGUACAAAGUAUAUUGUUAAGGGCAUAGAUAUUACUUGGAAAUAAAUUUGUCCAAUCAGACAUCACUGCUGUCAUUAGUUGUCACGUUUCGUCACUUUUUCUCUAUAUUUCACGAUUCUUGGUAAGAACGUCUUAAGAUUGAGUCCAGCUUCAUUCCUUAAUGGAAACAUAACUCCAUUCAUUAUACUAUAGUGUGUAUGAGUUUCAUUUCUCACUCCAAGCGAUUUGGUUGCAAUGAAUCCAUUUAAACAAUCUUCUAGCCUGUGUAAGUAACAGUUAACGCAAUCUUUUUCCUCAUCUGAAAGGCAGUUUUGAUCCACAAGAAAGAAAACGAUUUUCAUUAGAGCUAUUUCGUACGCUUGACCUCCAAGAGGAUGGUUGUUCAGAAUUUUCAUUAUUGAAGAAAUUAGAGUCUUUCUAUUUUGUGGUUGGAUUCCUU